GCGGAAUACUUUUACGGUGCAGGGGAGGGAGACCCCAGUACCGGCGCAGUUGCGGGUUGUCAAGUGGGCCCCGCUGCGUCGUUAUCUCACGACCACGGCCGUUCGAGGGUGGACCGCCAGGCCCUCGGACGUGUUUCUACGCCUAGCGAGGCGCGGGACGACGCGAUGGAGGCUGCGGAGGAGCCUCCAAACAGAACGAAGCGAAGUUCGUCGAACAGGUUGAUGAGCGAGUUUCUCGUCCCGGCCCCAGUGGACGACGACUUCGCAAGAAUGCGGGUGCUGCCGAGGUCCGAUGACGAGGAAUCGGUCGCCUGGGUCGCCACGAUGUCGUCGCGUUCGUCGACGACGUCGAGGAGCAAGAAGAGGAGAAUCGCCGUGACCACCCCGGACGUGUCCGAGGAGCUGGCGUUAUUGAUCAGGACGAGCUCCCCAUCGGACGUCAGUGCAGGGUUUACCAUGCACGUCUCCCAGAUAAUGAGGGUUGCGACAACAUCGUCGAACCUAAAGGGGACGUACACCAAGGCCCUGAGGGACGCGGCCAGCUUCAUCACGGCCGCAUGGAAGCACGAGUCGUCCGUGAGGACGAGAUCGACGAGCGACAGUGACACCGCAAUGGCGAGGCUCACGGCGCUGGAGGAUGAGAACGCCGCCCUUCGACGAGAGGUGUCGAAGCUGGCUGCUCGGGCCGGCGAAUGCCCGCGGUGUUCCGGCCAUGCUUGGGAGACCGGCCGGGAGGACACGAUUGACAGAGCGCGCUUCGUUGCCCUGGAACGGAUGGUGAAGGAGAUGAAACCAUCCAUCAUCAGGGCCAUCGAGGAACGGCUCGGGGGUGAACAACAACGACGACGACGUACCCCAGAUGCCCGGCGCAGCACCGAGGGCUCUGCCAUUCCCCAACCCACCCAACCGACAUCGCUCCAGAGGGAGCAAGAUGGUGGAGAGUGGAGGGUGGUGGAGAAGAGGAGGAAGAAGAGAGGGAAGCUGAAGAAGACCGUGGCACCGCCCCAAUGGACUUUCGAGCCCCAUUUCGAGCUCCUGGUUCCGAGGGUGACGGCCGCGGCAAACGCUCUGUGCGGCCUCCUGCCGAACAUCGGCGGAGCAGGAGUGGGAGUUCGUCGACUCUACGAGGGGGUGAUCCGGUCCCGAGUACUGUACGGGGCCCCGGUGUGGGCGGAAGACCUGGCGGCUAGUCGGCGCAGCCUGAUCGCGCUGAGGAGACUGCAUAGGACGACGGGCAUUCGCAUCGCCAGGGGGUAUAGGACGACGUCGUACGCGUCGGCGACCGUGCUGGCGGCGUCGCCCCCGUUCGAGCUGCAGGCCCUGGCGCUCCGAUGGGUGUACGGUACACCUGAGGGGUUCGAGCUCGGACGGGCCGCUAUCCCCGAACAUCCGGGAGGAGGCCCAGCCGGAGAUCUGGGAGCGAUGGCGCUCUCGACUGCUGGAAGAGGACGCCGCGCGGCCGCACCGAGCCGUUCGCGCCGUGCUUCCCAACUGGGACGCUUGGAGAGAGCGAGGCGGGGUACCGCUGACAUUCCGGAUGACGCAAUUGCUCACCGGGCACGGAGUGUUCGGCGAGUACCUGCUGAGGAUUCGCAGAGAGGUGACGUCACCUGUCACCAUUGCGAGGAUGAGGAGGCACGGCGCAAUAUACGUUGGAGUUUUGCCCGGCGUGGGCGGAACAGCGACGCGUCCUGCAGCUCGAGAUCGGCGAGAGGUUGGCCCCGGAAGCGUUGGUGGAGGCCAUGCUCAGAGGGCGUCGGGAGUUCGCCGCCGUUCGCACUUUCUGUGAGCAGGUGA